CCGCGAGACUGCCGAGGGUGCCAAGGGCGCCGCGGCGGAUGCCGGCGAGCAGGCCGGUGAGGCGGCCGAAGACGUGGCUGAUCAAAUCGACUUUUCCAUCCUCAAGGGAGGUAAGGUCAACAAGUGCGGCAACAUCGUUAACGGCGACGGCGAAGUGGUCGACCGCAUCAAGGAGGGCGUCCCGGGGCACCUCGUGGGCAAGCGCGUGGACGAGACGGGCGCCAUCUGGAACGACAGUGGCGCCGUCAUCAGCCGCGCCGAGCCCAUCCCCGAGAACGAGCUCGAGGGCAUGGUCGUCUUCGAGGGCGAGGAGAUCGGCAAGGUCGUCGAAGGCGACGCCAAGAAGCUGCGCGGUAUGAAGGUCGGCCCCGACGGCGACAUCCUGGACCGCGGCGGCAACGUGGUCGGCAAGGCCGAGCGCUGGAAGCUCGAGCCGAGCCCGAGCCGAGGUUGA